CCGGAAGCCGGCUUCGCCGCAUGAGUCGGCGACUCGCCGCCCGGCUGUUCUCCCGCACGGACAGAGCGACGCAGGCCGGCGUUGGUAGCGGACGGUCGCUCCUCUCGGCUUGCCGCUGCCGGUUCUUCCCACCGGCUGAGAGAGGACGGCGGCACGCAGCAGUGCAGCAGUUGCGGCGCAGAAGCGCCGGCGCGCGCGUGGCUCGCGCGUGCGUUCGCCUGCGUAGGAGCCUCUACCAACAACGCAGCUGCGCGGCCGGCUGGGCCGCCGUCGUUCGUCGUCGCCCAAGUGUCGCGAAAAAACAAGGUGAAGGCCGGAUCAGCGCGCGCGACGACACUGCAGCAGCUGCCGCUCACCGAAACGGCAGUUCUCCCGUGAUGCUCCGGUGCGCGGCGUCGUCAACAGCGACGUCAUGACGCAGCAGGACGUACCGCGCUGGGAGUCGCACGUUCUGUGCGCGCCCGGCGCCGUCGGCAUUGCUGCACCAGCGCCAGUGGAAGAGUACAGCGGCGGCAGCGCAGGAGGCAGUUGCAGCAGCGACACCACCAGGCUGGAGUCGGCCUCUUCCAUCGGCGAAGAGGACUCCGACUCGGGAAGCUGGUGGUCUUACCCGUCUGAGUGUGGCUCUGUGGUCGAGCUCAACAGAGCCGUGGCUGGAGUCACCAGCGGUUUCGCCGGCAACAAGCACCACGAUCAUUCUGAACUGCCACCUAGCAACUGCUCACCGACGACGCUUGCGAAUUAUUUUGCCACUUCAUCGGCGAUUCCCGUUGACGCCGUUGUUGCAACUGCGGUCAUCUACAGCGACGCCAGCAGAAAAGGUCCCGGAGGUAAUCCUCGUGGAGGUGCAGUGAUUUUGCCUCCGUCACCAGAUCGGCCUGUCAAAUCACGGUGUGUCAAUGGACGUUCGCGAAGUGUGAGCGACGACAACGCGCAGGAUUACGACGUCAAUAAUCACGGAAGCGCCGAGCAUGGAGCGAACACCGAAUAUCAGCCAUUUGAACCGCCGGCGCACCGCGCCUCCUUCCCCGGUGGCGAAGGAUCGCCAACAGCUGACCACUGCAACAACCAGGUGAACACCGGCAGCCACGCGCUUCCGAAACCGGCGGGCAAGGUCGUAAACAGCGGCCGAGCCGCCGCGAUCCGCAAAAGCGCGCUCGCGACAGAGACUCGACACAGCGCGCCAUCUAUUGUGCGGCAUGUCACAUUCAAAGACCUCUCAGCGUCAUCUGGUAGCGACGACGAUGACUACUCGAGCGGGCAGGGCCGAAAUCGAAACUCGGCAAGUUACCAUGGGGACGAUCAACAGAACGUCGAGGCUGACCUGGAUGACUCUGGUUACUUGGACGGGGACAGCACUUCGAGUUCGAGCGACAUCUCGCCCCCCAGCAGUCUGAGCUGGGAGUCGGCGAUCGAUAGCUCGAGCUCGCGCAAGAGCCACGGCCGCUCGGCGGACCAGCAAUGCUUCGUCGACAGCGGCGGUGGCGGGGACAGAAACGGCACGCAUUCACCUCCCGGGCCUCGAUGUGAAAGCCGCGCUGGAGUGGCUGAAGAGCGCCGGACCAAAAGCAUGAACGGCAUGCACCGCGACAGCGACGAUAACUCGACGUUGAGCUUUGUGCAGACAGAGAUUUGCGUGUCACAGAGCGUGAGACGCGAGGACAGCUACGAGUACUACCGGAACGGAACGCGCAUUGCUAAGCUCAACAACGUCAAUCAGACCUCUUGGAGUGAAACGAGUAGCACCGAAACUACGGAGCGAUGCACGCCCCUAGGGAAGCGCACCGAUGUCGAGAAGACUGUGUUUCGAGAGCAGACGACACCGCAGCCGAAACCGCGGUGUAGCCAAGCCGAUGAUGCAGCCAAGACAAGCACUCCGCCCCAGCCAACGCGUCGGGUGCUGCCCUCUGUGGAUGGAGCGCGUAAGCGUCAACCGGAAGUGGGGACUCAGAGGCGCCAAUCGGCAACGCGGGAAAGUGGGAAGCAGAAGAAAGAGAGCGCCGGCGGCGGUGGAGUAAGGAAUGUCGGCGGCAGCGUGAAAGCAGCCGUAGUCUCCAGUGCGGCCAACGACGCCUGUCAGCAGCGCGAGUAUCAUCGCUGGAGGCAGCAGAAGACGCCGCAGCAUCCCGUUGCCGCGUACGACGACGAAGGCACCUCCUGCGACUUGGAAGACGACGAAGAGGAAGACAGCGCUGAAAGUCAACUUUUCGAGGAGGAAGAUGUGAGUUUUCACUUGGAAAGCCCGCCGGCCGCGCGCCACCACAAACAGAGAGCGGGAACAGUGAGCGCGACAGCAACAUCGCGCGCCGUCGCGCGUUCCCGCGGCUGCAGCACGACAGAGCCCAGCCGCGCGUCCGCCCUGGCAUCGGUGCGGGCGCAGUCGCGCGAUCCGUUCCUCGCGCUGGCCGUCGCCACAGCGAAAGCAGCAACCACGGCGAGUGCCGAGGCGUCGCGCGAAAUCUACGCUGGGUGCAAGCAGUUCGCUCCGCCACCAGAUCUGGACGUCGUAGUGCGCACGGCCUGCUCGGUCGGCGGCUCCGAAGAUGCCGUCGACCGGGCCAGGCACGCGCGAAGUCAGCCUGCGGAUGACAUCGUCUCCGUCUCGUCGUCACCGGUGUACAAAGCCAGUUCCUCAUCGGCCCGCUCCGACGUCCGGCUGCCGACUCCCCUGCGCUACAAGGAGUUUUCGUCGCUGCACCUCAAGAAAUCCGGCGGCAGCAGGGAACACGUGAACGGUCAUCACAAAGAAGGCGACGUGUCUCCUUUCUUGGAACGUGAGCCGCUGCCUUGCGAGCAACGUUCUUUUCACGUUCACUCGGACGUUUUGCCAACACGAGCGGACACUUCGCCCCCGACAAGUUCGACGCCGUCUCCUGUGCUUCUUGAAGAUCGUGUUCGUGUGCUACAAACUCCUGUGAAGAGCAACGCUGUCAUCGUAGACAACAUUCCCGACUCUGACGACUGCGAUGGCCCGCCCAUCACAAGCACACCGAAAGUCAGCAAUGGCCAUUGCAGCAACAAAAGGCCAGCUACUCUUCCCGUCAACGGAGGAACGGGCCCAGUCUGCCAUCGCAAGCCGCCGCCUGUCCCUCAGCAGCAAAAACAGCAGCAGCAAGCAUCGCAGCCGCUUCUUCUCCGGCCGCCCAAACCAGUGCCCCCGCCCCGAUCCCGGUCUCCACUCGAUCCAGCCGAGCAUCUCGAACGCAUCACGGGCUACGCGACCGCGCGGCGGCUGGCUCAGACGCUACCCAAACCGCAAGUCCAACUGCCCGAACCGCACAUGUCGCCAGCUACCGGCCGCCUUGUAUCGUCGCGGCGUAGGUUCUUCGAGAACCUUCAGCGGCAGCAGGAGCAGCAGACGCGCCCGAACGACGCAUCCGCUGCUCCAGGCACAACAGCCGAAGAGUCGGCGGAGCGGCUGCUUGGAUUCCGCGCUAGCGCGCAGGCGGCGCGCGAGAGUCUGGCCAAGAGCUCGCCGGAUCUGGCGGCGCUCGAGGCGGAUGCUUGGCGCAGCCGCAGGCUGCACGAUCGAUGGCCGCCUCCUUCGACGGAGCCGCAGCAUGCACCGCGGCAGCAGCAGGCUACAGGAACCGAACCGAUCGGCACCGCCGCAGUGCUGCCGCCCCGGAGCCCGGCGCCGGCCGUGCAUCCAGACAAGUUCAACCGGCUCGUCGAACAGACGCGCAGCCGCUACGCACGACGUCGCUGCGGACAGCCCGCGCACGAUGAACGCCGCCGUAGCAGGAGCCUGGGCUACCUCGAGACCGACGUGGACACGCUGUGUUGUCGCCAGGUGAAAGCUUCCAUUUCCGCUGCCGAAGGUGCUGAAGAAGACACCGCCCAGAACAGCGACGAAGCAGACGACGCUUACUUGAACCGCACCCGCAGCAUGGACCGAUUCCUCGAGGACGGCACCGUGGGCUGCCCGCUGCUGGGCGACGAACAGCGAACCAAAUCCGAACACGAGCUCCGCAUCGAGCGAUCGCUCCAGAAGCUCGAGCUACCCGAAUGGUACACGCGGCGCGGCAAGCCGGCCGAGACGGGCAUCCUGCGGGCGCGGCGCGACUCCGUCUCGUCCACCGGCCGAUCCGGCUGGCAAGGGCUAGGCAGCCGCACGCCUUCGACCGCAAGCCUGGCCGCCAACACUCCAGACAGCCGCAACCUGGUCAUCCCCAAACGAGUGACAGCGCCAGACUGGCGAUGCUGGCAUGCGUCGCGCGAGUCCCUCACGUCCAGCCCCGGAUCGCACGACGGAGGCGGUUCGCUCAGCCGCUGGGGCAGCGUCAGCAGUGCCCCUGCAGCAGCCUGGUCCUACAGAUCCAUGCGGCAGCCGUACCUCGGCUGGCGUGCCGCUCCCAGCACCGGUACCACGACUCCUUUGUCUUCCGCGGGCAGCCGACCCGUGUCUCCUGGAGGCGGUUGGACUACGCCGUCGGCUUUCGAUUACAACCAGCAGCAACAGCAACAUCACCAGCAACAGCACUACCAGCAACAGCUGCAAGAACAGCAAGAGCACCGACAGCAGCAACAGCAGCAGCAGUCAGCGUCACCGUGCAUUCCUCGGGACCGCUACUCAUACGUUCAAGGCAUCUACGGGGACGGUGGUGGUUGGAACGUGGAACGCGAGGACGAUUCGGAGGCCGUCUGCCCUUCGGUGAUCAGUGACAUCGGUGUGCCGUCUACGUCCGCGUCUUCGAACGGUGCCGCCAGGCCCGCCGUGUGGAUGGAGUCUUCUUUCGUGGGCUCCAAACCGGUGUCGACAUCUUCUGUGGUGGCCGCUCAGUCACCCGCCGCGCCCGCGCUCGGUGAGUACGGUCGCAGUGUCGGCAUCACGCUGUGAGCGGCGACGCCACGCCCCGGGCUCUCGUGUCCUCUCCCGCGCGCUAUGCUAUCCGGGCCUCGUGAGACGCGCGCAUGGCAUGGUGCGACGGUUACACACACUCGCCGUCACUAUCGAAAUUGUCAGAGAGUAUACAGAUUUAUCGGGUUUAUGAUGCUUUUUGGCCGUUGAGUUUGUAUUGAAAUUUGCCCGAGACUAUUUCCAAUCCCAGCACGCAGCUUGUAUUUGCAUUGGGCUUCGCAUUCCGCCGGAAUAGCGCGCUGACGAAACCUCUUAAAGCCGUACCUCUCACGCCGUUUGAUUGCUUGUUUCAAAAUUUUUACCUAGGUCUUUCUUUCACUUUGAGUGAGAUGUAUCGCUUCUUUCAUGCGACCAUUCGCGGUUUGCUCCAAGCGGCGCAGCGUCGACAAAAAUCUUUUCCCGAAAGCAAAAUGAUGGUUCGAUGCCGAACCGUCUGUAGAGGGGUCUGAACUCCUCCGCAGGUGUUACUGGAUCCGUGCCAUCAUGUGUUGCAGCUGGACAUCUGCCAUACAACAGUUUUGUUGACUUCCAGUAUAACUGAUCAUUCCGGCGCCACUAUCCAGCUGAGAGUGUCCGGCUUGAAGGGGUUUCACGCUUCUGCUAGGUGUUACAUUCUGAGAGCCAUGCCUGAUGCCAUGUUCGACGAUUUUGACCGUAAUUGGGAGAAAAAAUGUACUACAGCUCAUCAAAGAAUGGGGCGCAUCAAUGCGAGCGCGCGACCUUCAGUAUAUUCUGCGCCCACCAUUUGGUGGGCUGGAUAGCUUUAAUGUGACAAGUGUGAACAGGCAGUGUGCAACUGCGGUGUUUCCUUAUCGUCUCUAGAAUCAGGCAUACGUUUCACCGCGCCGCAGCCUGUGCUGGAAGGUCACGCUGUCGCAUUAUGGCGUCUUUGUCAUUGACGACUGUACAGUUGUGCUAUGCGAGGUUUUAUCUGUACCCUGUGAAAGUAUGCUAAAGUGCAGUGUUUAGUGCAGUUAAAUAAAUCUCAUAAUCUGCAUGUGACUGCUGCCCGUGCACUCUGCGUAGUAUUUAGGCCAUGGUUUAAAUGUACACAAGGAAUGGGCAGCACACUGUGAAACGAUUAUAAGGCUCGCGAACGCCUAUCGGCUGCAAGGCUUGCCGCAAAACCGUCGCGUUCUUUCGGCAACGACGUGCUCUCAUAGUGUGACACCUGUUGCUACAAUCCCGCCGUGACUCAUCUGCGAAGCGCGAAGAUAGUGGCGGCGACCUUUCUAGCCGCGAAACCUCUGAUCAGGGCUGCCCUACUUCCAAUAUCAACGCUCGGUAAGCUUCCGAACGCCGAUGCCAGGCAGAGCGGCGCGCUUGCGCGAGGGAUUGCGAACGCUGCGCUAUCUUCUACCGGCGUAGCUUUUUCUUCGUUUCGCAGCUGAGCAAAGGGUGCAAUUGUUCCUCUGACGUCUCAAGCUGUGCCUAUUCGCAAUGUAAGAAAUGUGUAUCGAUUCGAGGAGGUCCACAAUCCCAUAUAAGCGUCCCUCCAGUUGCCCUUCUAACGUCUGGUGGUAUCAUUCGCCGUAUUGACACAUUUCUGAUAAGGCGCUCCCAUCCUAUCUCUGAAGAGUUCGGUCAGAUCACCGCGAACGUCGCGUGUAGGCUACGUAAAUGGCUUUCGCGCAUCUGCGACAGGACCUUAAGUACACCUUGCUGCAUGGGAGUAUACAUUAUUGCUGUUAAUAGCUACAUGCCGCCACCGGAAACGCCGCGCUACGGCCUCGAACGAAAUGUUUCGGUAGUUUCAAAGCGAGUGAACGCAGAGCGAAGAAACGACGGAGGUGAAAGUGAAUGAGCAUUGUUUAGGCGUUUCUCCUGAUCGAGGAAAGAAGCCGCCAUGAUGUAGCAUUACUCUCAAUAUCCAGGGGCGGCUCUGCGUUCUGGCGCGCUACUUCUCGCGCCAAUCGUUUUAUAUAUAAACUUCCUUUUUUUUUUCCUGUACUGCCACCUGUCAUUGCUACCUUGUCUCAAAGACCUGGGUGGCUGCCAUGUCUCCUAUAUAACGCACUGUCGCUGUUUCGCGCCUGCCAAAGAAUCUCAGUUAUGGCUUUUGUCCCCCGUACUUUCGUGUACAUACUGAACACAGCUGUCCUGCUUCUGCCUAUAGCGCAUAAUUUAUUGAACCGUACGGAUCGUCUCACCUAUCAGUCUGCCUGUGCCACCUCUUCUUUAUUAGUUUUUUUUUUUCGUCCGCUGCUUCUGUUCCUAGUGUAUAACGUAAAGUACGGUAAAGUAAGACGCAGGAAAGUUUACUGUAGACGCUUAGACAAGUUAUAUAGCUACCUGUACUCUAUACGUUUGUUGAACGUGUUUUUUCACGUAUAUGCAGUGAGAGUUUGUUCCAUAUAAGAAAGAGCCAAGACACAACCGUUUUGUUCGACGCAGAACAAGUAUAUGUAGAUACAUAUAGACGCAUAUACAGUAUACAAUAGCGUCAUGGCCGUCACCACUGAUAUUUCAGCAGCGCUCCUCCUUUGCCGUGCUGAAUGUAGCGUUGUUGUUUUUUUUUCCCCUACCACAUUGCCUUCAUUGUUCUCGUGAAUUUUCCGGGGCAGUAGUAGCAGGAGUAGUAGAACAGCUUCGUGUUUGUACGGCGCAUCUACUUUUUUUUUUCUACAACUUUAUCUCGCGUCUUUACAACCCCCAGGAAUUCCAGGGUCGCAUAUAUAUAAGCCCGCAUACUUCGCCGUUCGUUCUCUCGCCCUUCGCCGGACGAUUGUCGACGACGUGAAACACAAGCACCCGCUCCAGGCCUUUCUCCACCCCAACUGCCUCAUGCUCUUGCAUGUUUCUUUUUUUUUUUUUUAACAGGGAAGAUGAAAGUAUAAUUAGUAAGGCCGCCCUUUUACGCCGUAAUUCGAGGCACAGGUUGAGAACGAACCGCAGUGACAGGUUUCGGAACGUAAUCAAAACAGUUACUGCUGUGUUUCGAUAGGCGUUUUUUAUGAAGGUUAUAGUUCACCCAGUGGUCAGGAGCACUCGAGGUCAUUCACGUGACAGUGGACGCCAUUGGAAGCGGCUGCUUCUUUUGCCUUACAUAACACUUAAUCCACUCCGCGCUUCUUCUUCCCGUUUUUCCUUCUCGAUGUCUGUCCUCACUCACAUCAUGCAUGCUGCCUGCGUCGUAGGCUUGACCAGCGUGUCAGCCGCAGCACAACAGCGUCGACGACGCCUCUUCGCAAUUUGCCGUGGUGUAGUAACUUUUGAGACCAACGGCUACUGAUUGAUGGUCCCGCUUGUUCAUCGUGUGUGGCUCAAUUUUGGCUAAGUAGCGUCGAACCGCUAGCGUAGCCACUCCCCGUCUUGGAGCCUCAAAUGAGCAACGGCGUUGAUUGAAGACUUUCCCCGUAGCUUGUCAUACCGCUAGUUUUUGGUAGGCCCGCUCUUAGGCAGUCUCACUGUAUUGAACGUGACACCCUCAUGGGAUGCGCAUUACGCUGUGCGGUCAUUUUACAUAUGAGCGAGAUGCUCCCCCUCCCCCGCUCUCCUCCUCCCUCUCCCCACCUCGCCCCCAAGACGCAACACUCUUACUGGUGUUGCUAGGGGGUGUCACUGAGUUAGACGGUGUUCCUGGCUGAACCGGGCGGGCGCAAGACAGCAGGCGCCUUUUUCUGCAAGACGCAACCCCCAAAAGUACAGCUGUAAACAUUUCUUAUUGAUGUUACGUUAUGUGAUGCCGGCUUCCCGCCAACGUCGAUAAUCGUUGCCUUUUAGAACGUUGUUCCUUUCGAUAGCUUGCAGUGCACUGCAAGGAUGCGCUCCUACCAUUAACGGUUUGUGCGUGCGAACGCUACGAGGCACUCAAGGCUAAAGAAAAGGAGUGUAGGCAAGAACGAGGACGUUUAUUUUUGUGGAUCUUUCUUAAAAGGCAAACCUCAAAAAAAAAAAAAAAAAAAACUUCCUUCUUUAUACAUGCAUAUAUAUUUAUACAAUAAAGUGCAUCAUGCGGCGUUGCGUUCUGCGCUGCUUGUUUGCGUUCCUUAAACCUGCGGCCAAGAUUGCUUACGUAAGUUCGAAAUUGAGUCUUAUUGUUUCUCUUAACGUAAUUAGCUUUCAUUCCCUUCUUUCUUGUAUUGUCGUCAGAUGUGCAAAAUGCAACUGCAUUUGGGGCACUGAGAGAACUCGUUGCCUGUAACUUCUGUCUGCGUCUCGCGUGCUUUUCUUGCAGAGUUUUUAAUCAUUGUCACCUCUUAUCACGAUCUUAAUGUAUCGUUUCGUUCUUUUGUCCUUGCUGCCGUAACUGGGCUUCCGCAAGCCUAAGAUUGCGUUUCGAGAUUGCGUUUUCGUUACACGGAGUGGCUUGGGUUUUUCUUCUUCCUUUCUUUCUUUUUCCUUUUUUUUUCUUUUCUCAUCUUUUUUGCGAGUGUCAUGAAGUCGCGCGGGCUUUUCUGACGCCGUUAGGUUUUAUCCAUCUGUGUACGAAGUUAAAAAAAUAUUCGUAAAGGCGAGUCAGGUCGUUUUCUUACUGUUCUGAAAGAGGCAGCCUGUUUAUACAUUUGUACAUGCAUAUGCUGUUUAUCCAUAUAUUUGCAUAGACAAGCCGUCUAUAUCGGAUACGCCUGAACACGCGUGCUUUUUAUCAAGGUGCUUUAUCUCCGGAAAUGUUACCGGAAGUCAACCUUUGACCGUGUCGCAAUUAUUGACUUAGUUCUUGCGAAGCCUCUUCAGCCUUAUAUCCCUCCGUUUAGCUACUCCGCUCUUCCUUGCAGGAACAAGAUUUUUUUUUUUUUAAAAAAAAGGAAGAAGAAGUAAGUAGGGUAAGGAAGACGUAUUCCACGCGAACCUCCUCCCGGACCGAAGACAAACACUCUCGACGCCAUUAUCGCCUUGUAUACAUUUGCGUGCGUUGCAUGCUUAAGUCGUCCGCGUUGGCGGCGCAUUAAUGGUGGGGAGGGGCUUGUCCCUUGUACUACUGCUUAUUCGUAUUUCGUCUGUGCUCGCCCAUCCUACGCUGGCUCUUAUUUCCUCUUCUGCCUCGCCGCAGACGUCGUAUCUUCGUCGUCGUCCGCGUCGUGUUUACGUUAGCUCUGUGACCACAAGGGCUAUUGCGUGGCUUCGCAGAAGCAGCGAACGGACGAAUUAUAGCCGUCGUCUGUUCAAGCGGACCAUUCACUUGAACAGGCGACUAUUGAUGCAGGUAAAAAAAAAAAAACGGGGCCGCGAGCGCUUAGCACUCGCGCGCUUUUCUGCUGUUUGUGUUGCGACCGCGUUGUACGUUUCAUUCUUUUUUUUUUCUCUCUUUCUGUUUCGUCGUUCUCGUUUUCUCGUUACUGUUCACAUUUCUGCGAAGUGCUGAUCCUGCUGCGACUUGGCGGCUGACGACAGGAGAAGUGAAUGAGACGGUGUGGGCUAAGGACAGUGACUCGACCUCCUCCUGUCGUCUGCUGUUAACGAGCUAUUCCGUCAUGUUGUUGUUGUUUUGUUUUUGUUUGCCGUUUCUAUCUUCUGGCUGUUGUGUCUGUAUGUUCCUGUAAAUGGCGCUAUUCGUUUCGGCCGCACCCGAUGCUGUUAUUAGCGUAGUGUGUGUAUGUGUGUGUGCUGGCUAUAGCUUUCGGCGUGGCCACAGAUCCGUUUCAGCGUAUUUGUACUACGCGUUGAAUGAGCAGACAGAAGGCGCUUUUGUGUGGAGUCGCCAUCAAAGGUCGCAAUGAUUGGUGCCACGUGAUGGUAAUUGGCGUCUGCAUAACUAAACGAAAUACACAAUUCGUUUGUUUAUAAAGGUGCACGAGUUCUAAUCACUGGCCACGCCGAAAGCAAUACGAAGUCACGCUAUAUGGGCACCGUGUGUGUAGCCAAAAGGAAUGGUCGUGUUGUGUAUACUGCUGCUGGUGUGUCUGGUUGACGUUGGUGGCCUAUUCUACGUAUGUGCUGCGUAAGUUACCUAUACAUAUAUAUACAACGUGUUUCGCGAGUGAACAAAAAAAUAGAAAACGAAAGACGCUGUCGCGAGAAAAAAAGAGUGAGAGAGAAAGAGAAGCAAGAGAGAACUUGCCUAGUAUAGUGUUGCUCACGUGUAUACCCGCAGUUGUUUAUUUUAAAUAAUGAAUAAAAGCCAUAUUUCCCAUUUG